AUGGUUAAAGUCGCUAUUAUUACAUAUUCCACUUACGGUCACAUUGACAACUUGGCUAAGUCUGUUCAAAAGGGUAUUGAAUCUGCCGGUGGUAAGGCUGAUAUAUACAGGGUUGAAGAAACUCUAUCGGAUGACGUCCUUUCACAAAUGAAUGCUCCAGCUAAGCCAGCUGACAUCCCAAUUGCUACAGAAAACACAUUAACCGAAUACGAUGCGUUCCUAUUCGGUGUUCCAACCAGAUUCGGUACCUUACCAGCCCAAUGGUCUUCCUUCUGGGAUAAGACCGGUUCUCUAUGGGCUCAAGGUUCAUUAAACGGGAAAGUUGGUGGUUUCUUCGUCUCCACUUCUUCUUACGGUGGUGGUCAAGAAUCUACUGUGAAGAACUGUCUAUCCUAUUUAGCGUGCCAUGGUAUCAUUUAUGUCCCAUUAGGUUACAAGAACGCUUUUGCUGAGUUAGCCAAUAUUGAAGAAGUUCACGGUGGUUCCGCGUGGGGCGCUGGUACCCUUGCAGGCGCUGAUGGCUCCAGAAUUGCUUCCGACCUUGAAUUGAAAAUUGCUGAGAUCCAAGGUAAGACUUUUUACGAAAGUGCUUUGAAAUUCUACCCAUCUGUACAAGAUGCUGCUAAGACUGUUGUCAAGAAAGAAGAAAACAAGUCUACUAGUGCUGCUAAGAGACAAACCAAAGAAGCCGCUCCAGCAAAGGAUAGUGAUAAGAAGGAGGAAAACAAAACUUCUUGUUGUGUGCUAAUGUAA